AAGUUGUCUAAUUUGACAGACGUGACUUGCCAAUGUGCCGGAAGAUAUUGCACAAAGUUUUAAAAAUAUUUUCUUUUUUCUUCUCUACGUGUAACUAAAAAUUACAAUUUCAGAGACAUGGCAGAAAGCAAUAUUUGGAAAUUUAUAGACGAGUCGGAAUUAAGUGAGUACACACUGAUAGUACCAAGCGUAGCAGUUGGAAAUGUUGGUCAAUUGGCGUGCGACCUUCUUAUUUCUUCAUUGGAUAUGAAGAAAAUAGCUUCCUUGUACAGUCCAGCAUUGAUUCCUGUACUGGGAUAUGACCCUUAUGAUCUAAAUUCAGAUAAUCUUUCCAGUUGUUGUGAAAUUUACAAAUCUUCUUCCCGGAAUCUAGUUGUUUUACAGUUAAGAGCUCCUCUUGUUUACAAAUAUGCAAGGUCCUAUCUGGAGGACAUAGUGCAAAAAUUUCAAGAGAAAGGAAUUAAAGAUGUUAUUAUACUGACAAGUAGUUAUGCUCAUGAGAAGAAGCAUAUACUAACCUCUCCAUUUAGAUAUAUUGCCAGUGAAACAAGUCCACACAAAAGCAAGAUUAAAACAUUAAAUUGGCAGGAACAUGAGUUUGUGGAUACAUCUGUCAAAAUAUAUGGUGGAGGGUUUGCAUCAUUGUUGUAUGAUAUCUGCUUGAAUAACUCGGUGCCUUGUUUGAUUUUAUACAAGUAUUCUUCAGAGGGAGACAACAUUCCAGAUGCAUAUGAAAUGAUAAAUUAUUUGUCUUCAAUUGUAACUUUGUUUUCUCAGAAAAGUGAUGUUGUAUCUCAGUUGGUACAACCAGUAUCUUGGAAGCUCUUAUUUGGGCGACCACCACCUACAGAUAUUUAUUGAACAUGUUAUUUUGGUAAAGAUAUUUUGAAUCCUAAUAAAUGUUUUUUUUUUUACUUUU